AUUGGAGAACAUUCCCCAAGAUUUUGGAAUUUCCCGCCUGAAAACCCUUCACCCUUCCUUACCGACCCCUCUCCAUCUCUUCAAUCUCCCUUAUCAACCGAGAAGAUGCAAUCCUAUCGCACCGGCUCUACCGUUUUCUCGUGCUCCCUGACGAAUACAUAUCCAUUUUGGGGAGAAAAGGGGGUGCUUGUAGCCGAUAGUUGCGUCGGGUCCACAGCACUGAUGCUGCACAAAGGCGUUUGCUCCAAAACCCCCAAAAGUCUCACUCAUAAAUUAAACUCUUCCCAUCAAUCCCCCCCGCAGUGACAUUACCGCUCGUAAAAAUUCAUAAAAACAAUACCCAGUGUUAACGAGACGUGAUAGUGACAAGACGAGAAAAUCGAGUGCAUCAUUCCCCUCGAAACUCCAGUUUUACGAGAUGAAUCUCCGCGCAUGCAUUGAUAAAACAUCAGGGAGUUAUUGAAAGUUAUUCUUCCAACCAAUUCGUGGAUUUUUCGCCCCUGUAACAACAGUGCUGUUAUCACUGGCAACAAUCGGCCAUUCAAUUAUUGAAUAUUAAUGCACCUGUGGGAAUAAAUUCCGGAGAGGAAACAGUGGUAAAAAUGUCGGCGGAUACUACGGUGAUUUUUGCAAAGCUGGAGGCACUCAAGGAUAUAAGGUCAAAGACACUGCAAUUGGAGAAGAUGAAGCAGAGGAUUAUUCAGGAGGUCGAGCAGACUGAGCACGAGGACAAGUGUCUGAUGGAUUACAAACAAGAAAUGGAGCUACUUAUGCAGGAGAAAAUGGCACAUGUCGAGGAAUUGAGGCAAAUUCACGCUGACAUUAAUACCAUGGAGUCCGUCAUAAAACAAGCGGAAGAAGCCAGAACUCGUGCCAGGGAGCACGCUAAAAUACUCCACAAUAAUGAGUAUCAACCACUAAAACAUGACAUUGAUAGAAUGCGUAGGGAAUAUUUGGGCCUUGAGAGACUGCCAGAACUUUAUGAGACUGAGACUGACUUAAUAUCACCAGACUACUUUGAUAGACCUAUGCAGAAAGCCGAGUGGAGGGUGGAAGUUCGGGGGGAUGAUUUAAUGCAACCACUCGGGUUGCAUGGACAUCCGGGGCAUCCUGGUGCUUCAACGCCAUUUUUAGCCCCUCAGCCGCUGCAGGGCCCCAGUAAACCCGAGCCCAGACCCUUACCACCCGCCACAGGUCCGCCUGCUCCAACAUUCAGGUACCACUGGCAACAACCGCCACCCAUGAAGUCCUGUCUCUCCUGCCAUCAGCAGAUCCACAGGAAUGCACCGAUCUGUCCAUUAUGCAAAGCUAAAUCUCGCUCACGUAAUCCCAAGAAGCCGAAGAAGAAGGACUGAGGGAAGGAGUGAAUUUUUUUAUCCAGAAUGCAGAACGACAGACUCCCGUUGAUUAUUAUCAUGUUUAGUUGCUUAUUUUCGAGUAUUAAUUCGUGGUUUCGUGUGUCUGAUGAAUAACCAGUUAGUAGAAAUUUAUCUAACAGUAGGAGUAAUUAAUCAUGUAAUUAGGGGUUGUAUUUACUGCCUUAUGUUCGCGUUUACAGGAACAUAAUCAAUUUUUUCACAGUCUGAUUUGUAUAAUCCAUAGGCAUGUAUU